AAAAUGACCCAUUGUCUCUCACAUCCUGCUUUUGAGCCUGAGCAGUGAAACGAUGCCUCUGGAUGCCCAGGAUGACCUACGAUAAAGCCUAGCAUAAUAAGCUCCUGCUUUAUCCGCAUGGGCAGAUUCUAGUUGAAAAGCUUGUUAUAGCAACAUGAGCUGGAGCUUUCUCACUCGUCUCCUGGAAGAGAUCCACAACCACUCCACCUUUGUGGGGAAAGUGUGGCUGACUGUGCUCAUCAUCUUCCGCAUCGUGCUCACAGCGGUCGGAGGCGAGUCCAUCUACUCGGACGAGCAGACCAAGUUCACCUGCAACACCAAGCAGCCAGGUUGUGACAACGUGUGCUACGAUGCCUUCGCCCCUCUAUCACACGUCCGCUUCUGGGUCUUCCAGAUCAUCAUGAUCUCCACUCCAUCUAUCAUGUACAUGGGUUACGCCAUCCACAAGAUAGCCCGCACUAACGAGGUGGAUCGCAGGAAGCACCAAAGGCUCCGCAAAAAGCCUCCUCCUCACUCUAGGUGGAGAGAAAGCCACCAUCUGGAGGACGUCUUAGAGGAGGACGAGGAUGACGAUGCUGAGCCCAUGAUCUAUGAGGAUACACUAGAGGUGCAGGAGGCCAAGCCAGAAGCAGUGAGCAGCACUAGUAAGAGCCCACCAAAACAUGACGGCCGUCGAAAAAUUAUGCAAGAAGGCCUGAUGAGGAUCUAUGUUCUCCAGCUCAUGUCACGAGCUAUAUUUGAAAUCGCUUUCCUUGCAGGACAGUAUCUCCUCUAUGGUUUUCGAGUUAGUCCUUCAUAUGUGUGCAACAGGGUCCCUUGUCCACACAGAGUGGACUGUUUCAUCUCCAGGCCCACAGAGAAAACAAUCUUCCUCCUCAUCAUGUAUGUGGUAAGCUGUCUCUGUCUGGUGCUAAAUGUGUGUGAGAUGCUUCACUUGGGAAUUGGCACUUUUCGGGACACCCUCCGCAUGAAGAGGCACCAGGGCCGACGGACGUCCUACGGCUACCCGUUUUCUCGAAACAUCCCAGCCUCUCCUCCGGGGUACAACCUUGUGAUGAAGACGGACAAACCUGGCAGGAUCCCCAACAGCCUCAUCACCCACGAGCAGAACAUGGCCAAUGUUGCCCAGGAGCAGCAGUGCACCAGCCCAGAUGAGAACAUCCCUUCUGAUUUGGCAAGCCUACAUCGGCACCUACGGGUUGCACAGGAACAGCUUGAUAUGGCCUUUCAAACAUAUCAAACCAAAAACAACCAGCAAACCUCCAGAACCAGUAGUCCUGUAUCUGGGGGCACUAUGGCGGAGCAAAAUAGGGUCAAUACAGUCCAGGAGAAACAAGGAGCAAGACCGAAAUCAGCCACAGAAAAGGCUGCAACUAUUGUAAAAAAUGGAAAGACCUCUGUCUGGAUCUAGAAAUAAAUCUAAUUUAGUAAAUAAAGAAAAACUUUAAAAACUCCAGGACUGCACUGUGACACAGCUGGAGGAUGCGUGUGUGAGAGAGAGAUGCAACUUCGGACAAUAACAAUUUCAAUCACUUUAGAACAGUCAACACAGUUUUUGGGAAAUUAAAAGGAAACAAACACGAAGAUAUUAUCAAAUCCAGUAUCACAAAUCGUCAUUGUUACUGUAGUGUGUCAGUUUGUGCUUGCAAUAGCUUCUGGAUAUGGUUAACAUGUGCUUACUUAGCUAAACAUCUCUAAUUCCAGCCAAAAUGUCAAAGUAUAAACAGACUGCUUCAAGCAAUUUAUCUGAUCUACCCUUGACUGCCGCUGAACUGGAUUAAUCUGAAAAAAUCUAACUUUGGAAGUGUGUGAUUGUACCCUCAAUUCAUUUUGGAAAACACAGUGAAAAAUGCUGUGGAAAAGAACAAUGAGUCAUUUCUGAAAAAUGAUGAUUAUUGUUGGAAAGAUGCAUGUUUAAUAUUUGGGAAAGUAUUUUUGGAUGUAGUGUGGAUGAGUGUUGCUGGAAGCAGAUUAAAUGUGAAAUAUUUUGAUAAAGAUAAUGAAACAGGGCUGUGUCACUGUAGGCUCUCCUGGUAAACAUCUGCUCAGUGUGAUGAUCUUCAGCCAUUGCGUGCAAAGCCUUUAUCUAUUCUAUAUUUUCCAAAGCCUUGCAGUGUCACGUUUGAAAGGGAAAGAGGUAAGUGAUAGAAAAUCUGAUUAUUUCCUAAAAUAAAUACUGAUUUUCUGCAAUCUAAAGCAGAUGAUGCAUGCUUCACAACCAGGAACAUAGGCUACAGUAGAAACCCCAUCCCUAGCUAUUCAGUUAGCUCUACAUUUAUCUUAUGUUUAGGCAUGUUAGGUCAGUUUUCUGUCAUUGAAGCAGUAUACUUCUAAAACUGGUUUCUGAGUUAUAUUUAACCCUGCCUUCACCGUUGUCAUAUUUCAAGUGCCUCAGACUUUUAAAGACUGUUCUCGUAUUUUAUUCAUGAAGAAAUAAACUUAUUUGAAACCUCUGA